AGCCUCGAUUCUAGGCUUCAGUCAGUCGUGCGAGGAGCGAGACUCGCCGAGGGUCGAAGACUCGUUGCGACCCGUCAAUCUAACCCCUUUUUCGCGGUGAAUCUUCCCUCGAGACAGCCUCCGACUUGUUUAUCAUUCCGUCGCGUAACCCCAGCAAGAAGCGUGUGAGACGAAAUAUGUUACCACCACUGUUAAGGAAGAAUAACGCUGGACCGAUCGAACUGUACACGAGAUAAUCGUCGUGAAAGGGGUGAAUGAGUACCGGCACCCUGACCAGUGAUUUCGACGGUGAUUAGCAGCUUAAUUGAUCAGUAUUUUCUUGUACGGGCACUGAGACAAGUAACGAGGCCACUGCUACGAGAGUUAACUCUUGCACAGCACUAGUAUAGGAUAUGCUCGGCGGUUUGAUUGGAUUUGUGGUUGGGCCUGGAUUUGGUAUUAAGAAGGAUGGGUUGGACACUCACCGGUCUUGGGGUGGCUUUGAUCAUUGUCGUCGUGGCUGGUGCCGCCCUGGCACUGUGCAGAAGGUAUUGUCUUGGCUGGCAAUGGGGCACUAGGAAUAUUUGGAACGUCUGUGAAGAAUGGCGACAAAGGUUGUCUUGGUUAUGGGCACCGCGAGAAGAAAAGGUUGGUCUGGUGAAAGCACAACACCCAACAGCACAGACGAUCCCUGGCUUGUGUCGACAACCUGGAAACACGUCGCAACAUCUGCUCCACAGUGACAGUGAUCUCAGACUAGAUGCACAAGGAGCUUUUACCAGAUUCGAAUCAGUGGACAGAGAUCUCCAUCCGCCUUUGGGUGCUACAACCGGUAGUACAAUACCACCGCAGCCUUUGAGGCCAGCACCUCAACCAAGGCCAACUGCACGACCAAGGCCAGCGCCACUUCAACCAUCGAGUGCCGUAGACUACCUGAGAAUGUCAGAGGCUGGUCCGGGUCCGCUAACUCCACCGCCGUCGUUACAAAGAGCGCACGUUCCCUCGAGAUCGACCGGUCCCUCCUCGGUCUUUCUCUUCCAGAACGAACCCGUUAAAAGCUACGGUAUGCACAAGCCAUCGAACGAGCAUACUUCGUUCAGAUUCGACGAGAACGCGACCAAGAGCGCGACGGAGAGUAUUCAAAUGACACCGUACGGAGGACAGAAUCACAUCGACUCAAGGCUCAGAUACGAACUGCAAGAGGAGGAACGACGAAAAGAGAAUAGAUGCAAUCCUUACAGGCAAUACGAUACGGCUGUCGAAUCAACCAGGAUCAGGUACGGAGUUCACGGUGCUCCCAUAACUAGCUUGGAUGGCAAAGGAGACGACGAGAGCAACACGAGCUACGGGAACUAUGAUAUCGUCCAAAGGGGUCACAUGAUACGUCAACAUGUACGGAAUGACUCAAGAGGAUCUCCGAGCAGUUUCGGUAUGACGAAUUCUUCGAAUGCCACCAGCCAGACCAUCAUGGAAUCGAUAUACGGGCCCGAGGCACUGUCUAAGAUGCUUCAGAGCACUCAGAGUCUCGGCAAUGACCUCGAUCACAAGAGCAACGAGCUGCAAAGCAUCGAGAUGACUCCCUUCAGAAGUUGCAGCCUUCAGGACGACAUCGGCUCGUCCUACUUGUUUCGGGAGUCUCAAGACUUGCAGAAGGUCUCGCAGUACAUCCAAAGCCUGCCCGAUCUUCCUAUUUACGAUUCGAUGAACGAAUACGCGUUACACCAAGAUCAAGAUCAAGAUCACGUCCUCUACGACGACACGAUUCAGCAAUCGAUCAAGGUCAAUAACGACUCGGCCUCAAGCCCUAUACCGCCACCCCCCGCGCCACCUGAUAAUGCUAAAGAUGUGCCAAAAAAGAGCGAACCAACCACCGGCGAGAGAAUAUUCAACGCCCUCAGACUGGUUACUUCGCAGAGUUACAUCGAUGCGUCUGAUUUCUACAAUUCGGUUCUAUCCUCUGCGCAACAAGUUCAACGAUUCACUUUCCCGUCGAAAUCUACGACUAUCGUGGAAGAUAGCAUCAACAAUCAACUGCAGGAUGAGGUUCAAGAUAUGUACGGGGAAAAUGAUUCUGACGUGAUGGGACCCGAUGGUUCCAGACGUAGCUCAGAUUUGUACAGUCCCGAGCUUAAUUUAGAAGCGCACAGAACUGCACAAGAGGUGUACAAUAGUUUACAAGAUCCUCCAUCGUCACCGUUAUUGCUUAAAGGUCACAGUCAAGAUACCUGUACCUACAUAACCGACCCUAGCUUUACAAGAACUUCAGAGGAUAUAUUUAAUAGCAUCGAACAGAGGAGGAAGAGUAUGGAAAGGUUAAAUGGCAUCCACGAAUUGAACGAGCUCGAUGACGCUGACUCGUUUAGGAAAAGAAACAAUCAAGAAUUUUACGCUGCAUUGGAAGAAAUGCAAUUGAAACGAAAACUAUCACAGAGUUUAGAAGACAGUUUUAUUACGAACUACAGCAUGAACGAUCACAAUGAGUUCAGUCCCGAAAGUCGUCGCGGACCCCAAGGACCUGAACCAGAACCUCCACCGGACGAAUCUAACCUAAAAAGGGCGAUAAGCUGCGAAAGUGUAUGCUCGGAUACGAGUAUAGUUCUAAAUGAUCUGGAGGAGGCUCCUAUCGUCGGGCAUGUUUGUGUCGGUAUUGAAUACGAUAAAUGGAGUGGACGAGGAGGGGAAAACGAGGGCGAUCUUGCAGUCAGUGUACUCGAGGCCCGAGAUCUCGUCACCCCUGAUGGUCAACCAGCUCGAGAUACUUUUGCUAGAGUUUGUCUGUUACCCGACAGACAAAUGCACGUGAAGUGCACCAGAUUGUACAGAGCAAGUCCUUCGCCUAGUUAUCAAGAGAAAUUUCCUUUUCAUCUCGAUGGUGGCCUUACAGGCCGAACUCUCCUUGUCGAAGUGUUUUCCGACGAGUCCAGUAGAGGUGGCGUUGCAUCCCUCAUUGGAGAAGCGAGCUUACGCCUUGGAUCUGCGCCAAGGGCGACAACUACUUGGUUACCUCUUACUGGAUCAAUUAUAUUAACUCCACGAUUAGGAGAAUUGAUGUUCUCUUUGAGUUACUUGCCGACAGCUGAGAGACUCACGCUAGUUGUUGUGAAGGCUAGAAAUCUACGCGGUGCUAAUCUCAUACCCGGAGACUUCUUCGUUAAGGUUUAUCUACUGCAACAAGGGAAGAAGAUCCACAAGAAGAAAACAUCCGUAAAGAGAGGAGAAAAGAGCCCGAUCUUCAACGAGGCAAUUAUUUUCAACGUGCCCACUCAUAUUUUACAGAAUAUUCAGAUAAGAUUAACCGUAGCAGAAAUAACGGGAGAACAACAAGGCACAAACUCGAAACCUUACUUCGUGGUGGGGCACGUGAUCGCGGGGCCCACCACAACGGUAAGAGCUUCCGAUCAUUGGAGGCAAAUGUUAACUUCUCUGAGACGUCCUGUCGCCAUGUGGCAUCCGCUCAGAAAAUAAAAUAAAGGAGAAAGAUAUAAAGGACGACAAUGUAGGACAUCUGUAUCGAUUCGAAGUAUACACGGAGAACGGUAACGUGUUGUAAUAUAACGUUACAGUAGACAGAGUUCUCAUCUGUGUUUGUGACGAAGAGAAUCCUUUCGUUGACACGUUUCACAAAAGAAAGGAUCAUUGGAAACAUUGUAAAUUCGUGAAUUACAGGGUGCUGACACAUUUAAGGCCUCAAGUAAAGUAAACAGAUUUUCUAUUUGUGUUACGAUUGCUUGUAAGUAUCUCCAUCAAAUGUCCAGCAUUCUAUGAUGUAUUUAACCGUUCUCCUCUAUACUAUAACAAAAUGGCACGUUAAAAAUGAAAAAUGAUAUCCAAGAAAUCGAUGGUUUCGUUGGUAUAAUUCUCAAUGUCGUAUCCUGUUGUACAUGUACUAAAUGGAUAUGCAUGAUAUGUUGUUUCAUGUAAUGUAAGGUUCCAAACUACGGCUCCGUGGGUAAAUCUUUUUGGUGACUCUUACGCGAACGAAUGAUCGUCGUUAUCCAGUGAUGGGCGGAUUAAGUGCCUGCUGAAGAGCUCACGGACAAAUUUUCAAAUUUGGAAAUUUAGAAAUUUGGAAAGAUCAAAUUUACAAAAUUUACAAAUUAACAAAUUUUAAAAGUUGGAAAUUUGGAAGUAUAGAAAGUUCAGAUUUUCAAACUGAAAAAGAAGAGAGCUCACGAGUAAAUUUUCAACUGUUCAACUUUAGAAGCAUCGAAUUUACGAAUUAACAAAUUUGGAAAAUUGAAGAGGUGGAAAUUUGAAAGUAUCGAAAGUUCAAAUUUCCGAGUUUAGAAAUUGACUACCCAUCAGUGCCUCGUGGGCGCAGUUACCCAACACUGGUCACUAUCGACGACAGAUCGAUUCAAGGAAUAGAUUAACGGACAUGGAUACAAUCGAUACGGAUAAUAACACGGAGCUGAUGUUAAUCAUUUCAGACUGAUGUAUCGAUAUCAAAAUCAUCUUUAGGCACAAAUCGUUCUAGGCUCUAAAUGGAUCUACAUCGUCAUUCAUAUCGUGUGUCCCUCCACAAGGAAGGUUCGAACGAACUUUGUGACGACUACAAGGUUCUACCGUACGAGGCUCAAAUAUUUAUAUUAAUAUUUUAUAUACGGCCGGCGAACGUCAAAGCCAAAGGAGGACAGUAGCCUUAUCAUUUAUUCGUUUCGUUGAUUGUAUCGACGAGUUCUCAAUGAAUUGCACACGAAAUCAAGGAAAAGCUGUUCUUUUUUUCUUUGCCAUGGAGAUAGUACAUAGUUGUACGAACUUUAGAAACCUAGCUUAGUCGAGCCUUCCUUAGGUGUAUAGAAAGUGCAUUAAACACUUCUAUUUGUUAAUAUAAGCUGAGAAAAGGUGUACAAAAGGCACCGAUCAAAUUGAUGUUUCUUUUGUUUGAAAAAAAUUCGACGCUCCUUUUAUUCACACCAGACAAUCACCAUUUCUUUUCGUAAUAGAAUUGUUUAUCGGUUGCACGAAUGCUUACAAAACCUGGUCGUUUACCAAUUUUUUAUUUAUAUAUUUCACGGUAUCGGUGUAAUCUUACUCGGUGUUCGUUGAACAAUCAUGCUACGUUGCAUAAGAUGAUAUAAGGAAAUGAUAAGAGAGAAGGCUUUUGGUAACUCGUCGUGAUCAAAGGAUUCGUUGCGACGUCGAAGAAUUGACGAACGAUCGAAGCUCUCUAAUUCAGGGUUUUAUCGAGAUAUUAACGUUGUUGUUCCCAAUGGACUGUUAAUGUUUGUACAGAGUUUAUUAACGACGUACUUCGACGUGCAGAGCAUUCUCUUCGAAACACGAAUAACUGAUCUCAAUCUUUUGUUGCUCUCUUUUCACAAACGAUAUUAACUGCGCCAAUAGUCAUAAAUGAUCGCCAGGCCAGUGUUAAUCGUUCUUUCACUCUCGAUUAUAUCUUCUUCUUUCAAUCUGUGAUUCAAUCAGCUACUUUCGUUCCGUUCACUUCAAUGCUGAAUAUCUUCUCCAACCUACGUUUUCCUCCUCUUCUGCGACAGUACUUGGCGCACGGCCGAAUUAUACAAUCUUUAAACAAUGUAGGCCAGGCAUGCACACGAAAUUGCCCGUAACGCGGCCGAGUGCCCGCGUGCUUGUUAAGGGUUCACGUUUAAAAGGCUGAUUCGAGUCUGUGCCCGUUACUCUGCCCGCGUGCUACCUCGGACGCCCGUGCACGUUUUACUACUCGUUGUGCAUGCCUGAUGUAGGGUCAAUGCGAAACUGCUACCGUUUGUUUAUAAAAGCGCGGUAGAGUUUAGCAACGGACGUUCACUUGAUCCUAGAAUUUGCUCGUCUACGAUUCCAUCGAGCGUUCCAGAUAUAUACAGACGAUUAUUCCUCAUAAUUGAAUGUAUACCGUCAUUCUGUUGAUACUAUUUUUGACACUGCUCAAAAAGAAACGGAAGAAUACAUGGAAAACGAUUGAAAGUCUAUAUGUAUAAUCGUUUCCGUGUUAAAAUGCUAGCACGUUGACUAUCACAAAGAUAACCAAUGAUUAAAUAUUAUAAUAAAGAAAAAAUGAUUUUGGAUGCUAAUUUGAAAUGGCAUAUUAAAAAAUUAUCGUGUUUUAUAUUAAAUAUAUCUGUUUUCAAAGUGGUAGCGAACGUGUUACAAGGAUUUAUAAAUUCUUCCGUUUUCUAAUUGAUGAUUGAAGCCAAUUAUUGUUGUAUCGAUAAUGAAAUAAUUGAAUAAGUUUAUAGUAUCAACAGAAAUGAUAAACCUCGUUAUGAUUAACGACUAAUGGAAUCAUUGGCGCAAAUCAAAUGAAUUAGAUAGCAUUUCGGACCUCAUAGCCUAUUCUAUACCUAUAAAUUUUGUACCUCUUCGUACAUGAUAAAAAUUGAAGAAACAAACUAAUCCUUCGUAUACACGUAACACAUUACGCAUAAAAACACGUGUAUAUAUAUACAUAUACAUCUAUCUUAUACUAUAGAUACAUUACAAAAAAGAAUUUUACACUCUAUAUUAUACAUUUUUUGUCAUAAAUUGCCGACUAUUCGAAUCCAUACUUAUUAUAACUUAUUCAGGUUUUUUCUAUCGCCAACUUACUAUGGGACUAAUAUCGCUGAAUUCUCUCAUUAACUCCAUGAAAUAUAUUUGUAAAUUAUUAUCCAUCGUGGACGAAAUGUAUCUCUGCAUCGUUUCGUACAAAGUGAUCUGUGAGAACGAUCACAAUUUUCGAUGGCCAAUUCGACAUUUUUUUUUUUCACUUUCAUUUUUUAAACUUUAAACUGUUUCUAUAGAUAUUAGAUAAUUUUCUAAUGUACGAGUAUUUUGUUAAAAAAUGAGCAUCUAAUUUUAUUCGAAUCAUUUUAUAUUUCACAAUUGGCCAUUUAACGUGCAAGAACCUAAUACGAUUUCAGAAUUAUUUCGGUCCGAUGAAGUUGAUUAUGAUUAGUACGAAGAAAGCUAAUUAACUGAUCCGUUCUCGCGUGUUCCACUUUGUACACACGAACCGUACGUAGUACGUAUGUAUGUAUAAUCUGUAUAUCGAAUUAUCAUUCAACACUGUUGUAUAUCAGCACAAAAACUAAUAUCUUUUAUUCUUAAUACCUACGCGACGCACACGCGCGCGCACACACGCGUCAAACACCGAUCGGCUAUAUACGUCUGUGUACAGUACCAAACAUAGUAGGCUCCUCUAGGGAAACGUUUAUUUGGAAACGUUUCGUUUAACAUAUAUCUUAUUAUCAAUAUUUUUUGGCAACUUAAAUAUUUGGAUUUUAGAAUUUUGAAAUUUAAAUUGUACAAUUUUGAGACGUUGAAAGUUAUUAAAAAAUUAACUUGCUUUCUAUCAAUUAACCUUCAUCCCUUACAUUAUGUUUCUUCCAGGGAAGCCUACAAUGCUCGAUACUGUACGUAUGUGUACGUUCGUGUGCGCGUUUGUUACGGAUACAUAUACUAAGUUUUACUGUUGAACUGGAAAUCACAUUAACGUGUAGCGCAGAAUGACGACAAGGAGAGAUAAUAUUUAAAAAAAAAAGGCGUUUAAUAGCUUGCUUCUCAUUUACCAGAAUUUAGUUUUAUCAGAGGCUAGCUAUAGACGAACUUAAAGAGAGAAAGAUUAUGAAGAACGAAAGAUUCAAAGAGUGCAAGAGAGAGAGAGAGAGCGAGAGAGAAAAUUAGAGUACGAGAGGUAAGAGAGAAUGGGAGAGAAUGGAGAAACGAGAGAACGCACAGAACGCGAGAAAGGAAUAGUGCAAAAGAUAGCAAGAAAGGAAGUUAAAGAAAAAAAGGGAAAGAAGAGUGAUGAUGACAAUAAUAAUGCCAAGCGAUUCGUACCGCAAUGACACUGUUGAUAACUACUGCGAUAAUGGUACACUCUAACGUUCACAAAAAAAUUUUCAUUUUUUUAUUUGUUAAUAUGCAUGUUUUAUUUAUCUUGCUGUUUGAUUAAAUUAUACUGAUUCGCUAUUGAUACGUUGUGACAAAAAUCCAUAGAUCUAUACAUCUGUAAGACGUAGAUCUACUCUCUUAGACACAUGAAUUUUAUAUAGUUUUAAGAAUCCACUGUAGAUUUUGAAAAAUAUGAUUAAUUAAUGUUUUGAGUCUCAUCUAUCAUCAAUUUUAGAAAUUUGCUGAUUUUUCAAAUAUAAACAAAAUUAAGAAGAACCUCCUGCACUUGAAAUUGUUCUCCAAGUAUUGUUGCAAAAAAGAAAACAAAUAAAGAGUGGACCACUUUUUAUUGUAUAACAAACUAUACAAAUUCUACUAAAAUUUAAAUUCAAAUUUUUAAAAACAGAAUAAAAAUGAAUUGAUUUUUUCUGACAAAGGACUAAUUAAAUUAUCUAAAGACUUUUGCAAUGACCUAAUAUUUCAGCUAGCAGCUUUUCUUUUUAAAAUAUACCUUUACAACUUUAAUCAAUAUUUUCUGAAAUACGUUUGUAACACUAAUUUAUCAUUAUAAAUUACGAUGCCUUAUAAGUUAUAAUCGUGAUCAACGUGUGGUUCGAAUCGCUCAGCGUAGCCGUUGCAUGAGUGUAUAAUUCAUACAAAAAAAAAAAUACUAUAAAGUUUAAAUUGUUUUAUAUUUUUGUUACGCCUCUCUGUGAUAUGAUAAGGGCACAUUCACUUCCCCCUGUAUAUGCAUUGAAUCUUUGUAUCUUAUCGAUUAAGGUGAAACUUUUCGAGGAAUAACCCUUGCCAAGCCCUUCCUAAUUACACUUCGGAAUUAUGCUCGUGCGUACCGUCAUGUUGAACAUAAAUCAAAAUCAUACGAGUUUCAAGCGAUCGCGAAACACUCGCAAAUUGUAAACACUUUUACUUAUCAACUUAAGGGAGUUGUUCAAGCGUUUAUGUACGUAUAUUGUACUACUAUACAGACUGAGUCAUUUAAAAUGGCUGUGUGAAAUGAAAAGCAAUUAAGAAAAGUUAUAUAAAAAUCCCUUGGGAAACUGAAUAAGUUUAUAUUAUAAGUUAUUAAGAAAUUUCUGUGUUUUUUGUUUUUAGUUGCCUUAUUUUAUUGCGUUUUAACCCAAAUAAUUAUUUCCAUUAAGAUAAAAUUUUACAAGAGUAAACCAGAACCACCCUGACCCCUAUUUAAUUACACCAAUGCAAAUAUAAAUGACAAGAGAAAUGAAUGAUUUCUAAUAGUAGUUUUAAUUGAUUCAGUCUAUAUAAAAAGUUUUUUCUAAUAGAACUGUGAAGAUAUAUUGUCUGUGCUUCAUUGAACAGUUCGAUUCGCUGUACGUAUACUCUUACUCCUCAGUUUCAUGAUCUCGGUGUUACAUGUGUAAUUAAAUACAUAGAUUCAUUGAAUGGAAAAACCUAAAUAGGAAAAUUUGUCUAGAUUAAACACUAUUGAUUUUUAGCAAUGGUAACAUAUCCCUUAAGCCUUAAGAUAAGGUACGUUCGAGCUUGUGCUUGCGAAAGGUAUAACGUGUAUUGUUACACAUUACAUUGUAUAAUACUACUUGUAAACAAGAAAAAGGAUCUUCAAAAUUAUAUAUUACAAAUGAAAAUAUUAAUCGCUAAACACUACUAUUAACUAUACAUGAUCAUUGUUAAUCAUGGUUGCGGUUCUAUUUACACGAUUCGUUUACUGAAUAAAUUCGAAACAAAUAUAUUUGAAGUAACAACU